UUGAUACCAGUGAUAUUAGUGAGGCCAGUGGGGUGUGGACUCAAUGGGGUUAGAGGAACAAGUGAUGUUUUGAUAGAAAGCAGGAUGACAUGUUACCCCCCAGGCAACCACCCCUAUGUCAGGGACCAAGAAUACGAUCAGCGUGUAACAUUAGGCCAUGACCGUUCCAGUCUUCAUCAGGCAGCCCAAAAGGGUUAUCUCUUCAUGUUGCACUCACUCAUUGAAGACGGUGCUCGCGUUAACAUCACAACUUAUAAUGGUGUGACCCCCCUGCAUGAUGCGUGCAGUUCUGGCCAUGUCUUCUGUGCUAAGAAGCUUAUAAAUGCUGGUGGACAGUUGAAUGCAAUGGACAUAGACUGGCAUACUCCGAUGACCAGAGCAUGUGCAGAAGGAAAGAAGGAAUGUGUAGAGCUGCUUGUUCAGUCGGGGGCCAAGCUAAAUAUGGAAAGUGAACAAUUCUCACCCUUACAUUGUGCCGUUGCCAAAGGGUGUUUAGAUUCAACGAGUAUUCUUCUGAGUGUGGGAGCUGAGGUGGAGAAAUUGGACCAGAACAGACUGGGAACACCUCUACAUGCGGCUUCCUAUUGCCAUCAGACAGAAUGUGCCAGGUUACUGCUUCAAGCAGGAGCCAGUCCAAAUACCACACGGCCAGAGGAUGAACAGACUCCAUUACAUGUUGCUGCUUCAACAUCUGCACCAGCAGAAACAAUCACCUUGCUUUUACAUCAUGGAAGCAAGUUGACUGCUAGGGAUAAAGACGGAAAGACGGCCCUAGACUUGGCACCAAUAGACAGUGAGGCCUAUGGUGUACUUAAACACCAUCAAGAAAAUGUGCCUUUACUGUCUGAGCUUUGUCGUGGGUCUGUCAACAAGUCUCUGAAUGAUGAUAGAAGCUCUAUCAUGUCCUUGCCACUCCCAGAAGGAAUCAAGGCCUUUUUGGACUACAGAAAGUGAUUCCAGUGACCACAACCAUGGACAAACGCGAUAGUACCUCAUUUGCAUAUUUAUAUACAUCAGGGUUGGCUACUUUCAUGACAUUUGUAACUUGUAUUAUUAUUUUUCAUAAUCUUGAGUUUGGUUUUUCAUUUCUAUUCCGAUGCCCUUUAUUUGUCUCAUUGUUCUUCUGUGCAACUAUCAGUGUCAACAGUAUUGAAGUUGAAACCAUCACAAGACCAGACAGAAGACCAGAUGCAAGACCAGUCAUAAGAAACAGGCAAAAUAAUGAUGAAGGAUUACUUUUCAUUUGAAUAGCUAAUCUUGAGUUUUGAAAUCAGACUGGCGUUCUUGUGUUGGUCUUAUGGAGAGGUCUUCUGGGAUCUGGUAAUGGUUUUUAGUGGUCUCCACUACAGUUCCAACAUAUUGAGGUCUGAAACUUUUGAAAAAACAAAAGGAGUAAAUAUAAAAUUGCAAAACAUUCUGAAUGCUGCAUUUUUCUCAAAUUAAAGUGAACAGCAAGUAGGCUGUGGGAGGUGGGAGUACAUGUAUAUGAAAAGAUGGAUGCAACUUGAAUGCCUGAGAGAAAAAUGCCCUGAAGGUUCGAAGGUCAUAGAAUAACAUUAGGCCGUGUCAGAAUUUCUUUUGUAUGUUUAGCAAGAGUACAUGCACCUAUUUAAAAACUACUAGCUAGUGGUUUGAGUCAUUUCUCAUGGACGUGUGUGUUGUUGUCAGCUCUAGGCAGCCAAAUGAUUCAGACGUGUUGCUGAAAUAGAUAUGAAUUGAAAUGUCAAGUGUGGUGGAAACAUAUGGAAUCACUCAGCAGAGCUCUAUGAGUCUUUUUUUUUUCCCAAGUCCCAUUCUAUUUGGCUGUAAAGUUGGAGUCAAGCCAACAAGUACCGAGGCUAUAUUAAUCAAGUACAUGUAUAUGUACUUAAAAGGAGUAAAGCAUAUGAGGAUGUUGUCACACAGUCUUGGAUAUGCAAGUUCUUGGAUAUUUUUCAGCAUCUCUGUUCUCCCCUAAACACAAUUACUUGUUAAGCAGUUGUGGGAACAAAGACAGAUCUUGUGGUAACCCAAAACAGUAUGGAGACAACAUUUUUAUACCCACAAGUUGGUCUCAACUUUGCUAUUGCAAAAGACAUAAUCCUCUCUAUGUGGCAAAAUGCUCAUUCAGGCUUAUUUUGCCAGGCUUAAUUCCUACAUGAUCACCUUCUCUCCUAAAGCUAAUUGGUGGACUUUGAUGGAAACUCUGCUGCUUCUUAGGUAAUACUGAUAAUAAUAACUCACAAGUGAGUGCUUUUAUUAGGAUUUUUGACCAAUGAAAAAUACCAGACCUGCAUCUAUGAAUAUAGACUACUGAAGCCUGAGGUCAUAUUGUAAUCCAGAAAGUGUAGUGCAUUAUGAAGGGAGUACACGGGUUUGUUGGUUCACUCUCUGCUUCUUGCACUAAUGUCUUUCACACACGUGAUUGUGAGCAUGACAUACGCGCUUUGGUACCCUAUAGGAGCAGCACUGUCCAGAAUGGAGUAGAAAUUUUGGCAGUACACCCGAAAUUUAGAAAGGAUUAAGCUUGAGUUGAUUCCAGCUGAGCCCUGGCUAAUUAGGCUAAACUCUCAUAUACAUGAAACUUCGAAGGUGUCAUCUUAGGCAUAGGUUUUGUAUUGCAAAUGUGAACCUCUCCACUGUAGUGAGCUAACAGAUCUUGGAACUUCGGUGUCAGGGUCAUUUUAUUUAUUUUUAUUAUUUUUUGUUGGGGAGUGUAAUUUACUAACACUUCUAAAUUAAGCAUUCCUGUAGAUAAUGUCAAAGGAAGGUAAUGCAUUCUGGGAUAUCAGCCUCUUUAUGGGCGUGACUUAAGUGUAAUGCUUUGGCAACAUCUGAAAUUUAACUUCAAAAUUAGGAAUGAAAGUUUCAAUCUUAUAAUUACGAGUAAAGAAAAAUAUUCUGAAGAGAGCAAAGUGCCGUAUGUAAUUUUUAAAUUUGUGCCUUAACCAAAGCAACAACUGUAAAAGUAGUUGACUUAGUAUUAGAAUAUAUUUAAUAAUUAAUGUGAUAAUUAUUGUCAAUUUUGGUUUAGUGAACAUUAAUUUUACACACCAAUAAUGUAUUAAAUUCUUAAAAUUCUACUUUUAACGCACAAAUGUUUAGUAUGUACAUUUGUUGUCAAUCUUGUGUCAUCAUUUUAUUACAAAAUCAUGGCAUACUGUGAUAAAUAAGUACAUAUAAUUUCAGGAACAGUCCAUGACACUUUGACACUGUUCUGUGCAAAAGUACAACUCCUUUGGUGGUUUUAAAACAUACAAAUUUUUAAUGUUAUUAUAAAAAAAUAUUUUUCAUCUUUCCAAUGCUUGGCUUGACCCUACAUUGGUAAUAAUGCUGCAUGUUCUCUGCCAUCGUUACGCAAGGCAGUACUAUAAAUCAUAAUACCCCUAGAUCAAGAUGUGAUGUUACAUUCACAUUUGUGUGUAAUGCUAGCUGAUUCUCGCUGCAUUGGAAAUGCUUGUAAUUCAAAAUGACAUUUCUCUUACAAGCAGCUGUGUGUUGAGUAAAGCAUCUGUGUAUCUGCCUUUUCGUCUGAUCAGGGUUUUGAUCAGUGAUUUGUUUGUCAGUCCACUGGCUCAGACCCACUGGCGUCAUCUUCAGCAGUAAAGCAGUCAUUAAGUGGUCUGAUUUGAAUCUGUUAUAUGUGGAAGAGUAUGCACAAAGACAUGCAUGACAAUUACUAGUGCUCCAUAUGUUAAUCUGCAUGCCCAACAAUGUUUCUAGAGAGUUUGGAUUAAUGAAAAGGACAGGAAAAAAAUGAAAAAAAUGAAGUUCUAAAGAUAUGGAAAUGUUUUCUAAUCUCUGCUAAUGUCUGAGCUCUGCUUGAUUGGAUGUUGGCCUCCUGAACUGAAGGACAUCAGCUCAAUAUAGGUCCAUGGUCUGCUUCCGAUUGUCAAACCUGGUAACAUGAGAUUAAACACUGGGGAGUUCAUGCUUGAUUUGGCCCCAAAGGCUUCCAAAUUAUUUCAUGUAACAUUCAAGACACCAGGUUGUAACGUGUGUUACAUACUGGUAUAGUGCAAAACUUGUGCACAAAUAUAAAAUUCAUGUAAUUCAAUUUUUAGAGCAGCUGAGGGCCUGUCUUUUUUUCUUAACAAAACUUUGUCUUCAAGAAGACAUUUGUCCAAGCAAAUGUACCAGUUCUUAAUAGUUGGAUUUUGCAUGUUAGAAUUGGGUGUACAUGUAAGUUUAAAUUACAUACAUCACCCUGCCACACUUACGCACCAUAACCUCAGAAGAAAAUUGGUUACCUGCAGAUGUCUAAGAAUUUGAAAAAAAGCAUGAUGUCUUUUAUCAUUAAAAAAAAGAAAACACAUCUGGCUUGAAACAUAAAAUACCAUAAUUCACAACUCUGAAAGCCAGGUUAAUCUUUGCAGAUUUCUUUUCACAAGGAGUCCUUGUGUGUACGUGUGAUUUUUUAAGUUAAACAUCCAUAUCAUGGGGAAGAGCACAUAAACGUCUGAAAAAAAAAGUGGUACCUUUUAAAUAUAUAGUAAAUCAGUUUUAUGGUUUUAAUGGAAGGUUUGUUAUUGAAUUCCAGGUAAUUUCUUUGUCACCGUUUUGUAUUUUAUAUCUCAGGUUUCAUUUAAAAAUUUUCAUUUCAUUUAUUGGAGAAUUCAGUGGUGGUUCUUGUUUUUGUUCAAAUGUUU